GGCACAAGUUUAAUCACUGACCCAUCACACUGCAUGGAUUUAUUUCUGGACUCAAUUUCCCAGGAACUCUGCUAUUGCACACGGGGGAAAAUGCCUCUGCUGAAGUUUCUCUAGCUCCAGCUUGGUGAAUAAAGAUCUGUCGCUUUGGAGUUCCUCACAGCAGCUCUGUCACUACUGACUCAUCCAUCUGCUUCAGGAAAAUGUUUGCUGUCCACUUGCUAGCUUUCCAUUUCACAAAGCUAAAAGAGGAUCAAAUAAAGAAGGUGGACAGGUUCCUGCACCAGCUGCGCCUCCCUGACGAUGUCCUGCAGGACGUGGCAGCUCGUUUCCAGGCUGAGAUGCUGAAGGGGCUGGCCAGGGACACCAACCCCACGGCAGCAGUGAAGAUGCUGCCCUCGUUCGUGCGCUCGCUGCCCGACGGCUCAGAGAAGGGGGAGUUCCUUGCUGUGGACCUGGGGGGCUCCCAGCUCCGUGCCCACCAGGUGAGGGUGUCUGGUGAUGGCAAGCAGAGCAGCCAGCUGGAGAGCAAGUUCUACCCCACACCCAAGGAGGUGACCCAGGGCAACGGAGCUGAGCUCUUUGAUUACAUUGCUGACUGCCUGUCAGACUUCAUGGAGACCAGAAACCUGAAGCAGAAGAAGUUACCUCUUGGCUUUACGUUUUCUUUUCCAUGCAAACAGACCAAGCUGGAUGAGGGGGUUCUCCUUGAGUGGACAAAGCACUUCAGGGUCCGAGGAGUGCAGGGCACAGACGUGGUCAGCUCCCUGCACAGGGCCCUCCAGAAGCACCAGGACAUAGAUGUUGAUGUUUUGGCCCUGGUCAAUGACACGGUGGGAACCAUGAUGACCUGUGGAUAUGAUGACCCACGCUGUGAAGUUGGACUCAUAAUUGGGACCGGCACCAACGCCUGCUACAUGGAGGAGAUGAGGCACAUCAGCCUGGUGGAGGGGGACGAGGGCAGGAUGUGCAUCAACACCGAGUGGGGGGCCUUUGGGGACGACGGUGCUUUGGAGGAUCUCCGCACAGAGUUCGAUCGGGAGCUGGAUCUGGGAUCUCUCAACCCUGGAAAACAACUGUUUGAGAAGAUGAUCAGCAGCCUGUAUUUGGGGGAACUUGUGCGACUCAUUCUCCUAAAAAUGACCAAGGAAGGUCUGCUCUUCAAUGGGAAAGUGUCAACAGCUCUGCUUACUAAGGGCAAGAUUGAAAUGAAGCACGUGUCUGCAAUGGAAAACUACAAGGAAGGCCUGAGCAACACAAGAGAGAUCCUGACGGAGCUGAAGCUGUUUCCCUCAGAGGAGGACUGCGUUGCUGUGCAGCACGUCUGCACCAUCGUCUCCUUCCGCUCGGCCAACCUGUGCGCCGCCGCGCUGGCCGCCAUCCUCACCCGCCUCAGGGACAACAAAAAGCUGCUGAGGAUGAGAACCACCGUUGGCAUUGAUGGGGGGCUCUACAAAACACACCCCAGGUACGCCCAGCGGCUGCACAAGGUGCUGAGGAGGCUGGUGCCCACGUGCGACGUGCGGUUCGUGCUGUCGCGGAGCGGCAGCGGCCGCGGGGCCGCCACGGUCACGGCCGUGGCACUCAGGCUGGCAGCCCAGCGCCGCCGCCUCGACGCCGCCCUCGCCCCCUUGCUGCUGCCCCCCAGCACCCUGCAGCAGGUCAGGGACAGCAUGAGGGCUGAGCUGGAGUUCGGGCUGAAGAGGGAGGCGCAAGGCCAGGCCACGGUGAAGAUGCUGCCCACGUACGUGUGCGGGAUGCCGGAUGGGACAGAGAAAGGAAAGUUCCUUGCCCUUGACCUUGGUGGCACAAAUUUCAGGGUUCUGCUGGUCAAAAUCAAAAGCGGGAGAAGAAGAUCAGUGCAAAUGUACAACAAAAUCUUUGCCAUUCCUUUGGAGAUCAUGCAAGGGACAGGAGAAGAGCUCUUUGACCAUAUUGUCCAGUGCAUAGCAGACUUUCUGGAUUAUAUGGGGAUUAAAGGUGCUCGGCUUCCUCUGGGCUUCACCUUCUCCUUCCCCUGCAGGCAAACCAGCAUUGACAAGGGAACACUUGUGGGAUGGACAAAAGGAUUCAAGGCGACAGACUGUGAGGGGGAAGAUGUUGUUGAUAUGCUGAGAGAGGCCAUCAGGAGAAGAAAUGAGUUUGAUCUGGACAUUGUAGCUGUGGUGAAUGACACUGUGGGGACCAUGAUGACCUGUGGCUAUGAGGACCCAAACUGUGAGAUUGGCCUUAUUGCAGGAACAGGCACCAAUGUUUGCUACAUGGAGGACAUGAAAAACAUAGAAACAGUGGAAGGGAAUGAGGGAAAAAUGUGCAUUAAUACAGAAUGGGGAGCAUUUGGUGACAAUGGCUGCAUUGACCACAUCAGGACAAAAUAUGACAGAGAAGUAGAUGAAGGCUCCCUAAACCCAGGCAAACAGAGGUAUGAAAAAAUGACCAGUGGAAUGUACCUAGGUGAAAUAGUAAGGGAAAUUUUGAUUGACUUAACCAAACAAGGGCUGCUGUUCAGAGGACACAUUUCGGAAUCACUCAGGAAAAGAGGAAUAUUUGAAACAAAAUUCCUGUCUCAGAUUGAGAGUGACCGGCUGGCCCUGCUGCAGGUGCGGCGCGUCCUGCAGCACCUGGGGCUGGACAGCACCUGUGAGGACAGCAUCAUCGUCAAGGAGGUGUGUGCAGCCGUGUCCACCAGGGCUGCCCGGCUCUGCGGGGCAGGGCUGGCUGCUGUCGUGGAGAAGAGGAGACAGAACCGAGGUGUGGAGCGCCUGCAGAUCACUGUUGGGGUGGACGGGACUCUGUACAAGCUCCAUCCGCAUUUUUCCAGGAUCCUGCAGGAAACAGUGAAGGAGCUGGCCCCUCAGUGUGACGUGACUUUCAUGCUUUCUGAAGAUGGAAGUGGGAAGGGAGCUGCCCUCAUUACUGCAGUUGCAAAAAGGUUGCACAAUGUUGGACAGAAGUAGAAAGGAGAGGCCAAGGAACCCCAGCCCUGCCAGGCGUGUGCAGCAGGGGUUUGCUGGAUGGUGGUUCCACAAAGCUUUGCCUACACCAGCACAAAGGUAGCUUUUCUUGGGGAGCAGCUGGUUUUGACCAACCAGGAUUGUGGAUUUUUGGUAAUUUGGUGUUUCUGCUCCUCACUAGAAUUAUGUCUUGGCAUGGCACAGCUCUGUACUUCCUGCAGUGCAUCUCCAAUGCUCGUGGGAGAGUGAAAACAAAACAAAAUCAACCCAAAUGUGUCUUUUUACAACAUCUUAAUUAAGCUGCUGUACCACAACUGAGUUUAUCACCAGUUUCUUAGGAUUCUGUGCUUAGUUUUGCCUUGCCCUGGCUCGAAGAAUAUUGAGAUUCUGAUGUUGCAUCUCAUCUAGUGGAAUAUUUGUUCAAUGCUUCACAGGUUUUACAAUAAAUUUGGGGGUGAAAUAAAUGAAUGGACUGUGGUCAGUGAUGCUCUCCCUGCUGCUGCACUGGUUGCAAGUGUAAUACAACACUUCCCUGAGGACAGGAGGCAUGUUUAAUUGAUGAAUGUAAAGGAAAAAAAUGUGAUUCCACACAAGAUCAGUGUGUGCCAAAAUAUGUCAGGGCAUCUGAGUCACAUAAAGCUAAACCAAUGCUGCAUGGAUGCUGACUGUGAUCCUUUGGAUCCUGAAGGACACAGAGAAUGUAGAAGGAGCUACAGAGUUUGCAGUGUCUGUGUCAGGGCUAUACAGAGGGUAUCAAACAGGCCACCAAAACAGUGUGUAGAGGGGAAAAAGAAAUCACCUAAAUUUCUGAAAGUCUCCUCUUUGUUUUCCCUCUGUUAUCUUCUUGCACGUUCCUGAGAGAAUUGUUUCCAUUUUGUGCAAAGGACGUUUAUCCUUGGUUUUCAUUUCCUGUUGCCUGCCUGUUUGUAGUCUGUUUGUAAAUAAAUUUGUGUUGUUGUGA